AUGGCCACUCUCACUCAGACUCAAAUUCCUGCCCCGCACUCCGCCUACAGCAAUUUGCCCCUCGACAUCUUCCCCGAUGGCCUGAAGACAACCGGCCAGCACGCCCCGCUCUACGAGGAGCUGCACCCGUUGGAGGACUUCCCCAAAUCCAUCGAAGGCCGCACACUAUGGAAGGCAGAGGACUAUAGGGAUGCUCCUGAGAGGUGGACACAUCGGUUCUCGGCUGAGGAGAUUGAGGAGCUCAGUGCCACUGCCGAUGCUUUCUUGGCCGCUAAGACUCCUUUGACUGGGAUUUCGAAAAGCAACUUCCCACUCCCCAAACUCUCCGCCCUCCUCUCCACCCUCCGCGACGACCUCCUCAACGGCAAAGGCUUCAUCCUCUUCAAGGGCUUCCCCGUGGAGCAAUGGGGCAACCACAAGUCCGCCGUGGCGUACAUGGGUCUCGGCACAUAUCUGGGCUACUUCGUUUCCCAGAACAGCAGGGGUCACGUUCUUGGCCACGUCAAGGAUCUCGGCGAGGACCCUACACAGAUUGACUCCGUUCGUAUCUACCGCACAAACGCUAGACAAUACUUCCACGCUGACGACAGCGACAUCGUUGGCCUCCUGUGCAUUGCGCGCGCCCUGGAAGGCGGCGAAUCAGACAUCGUCUCAACACAUAAUGUGUACAACACCCUGGCCGCCGAGCGCCCCGACGUGCUCAAGACCCUCAUCGAGCCAAUCUGGUACUUCGACCGCAAGGGCGAGACCUCCAAGGGCCAGGAGGAGUACAUCCGCACCAGUGUGAUCUAUCUCGAGCGCGGCGAUAACCCCCGUGUCUACACCAAAUGGGACCCCUACUACGUCCGCUCCCUAGCCCGCUUCAGCAACGCUGGUCUGGUCCCCCCUCUCUCCGACAAGCAGGUCGAAGCGCUCGAGGUCCUCGAGCAGACCUGCCAGCGACUUUCCCUGCACAUGAUCCUCGAAGUCGGCGAUAUCCAGUUCGUGAGCAACAGCCACGUCCUGCACGCGCGCACAGCAUACAAGGACUAUGCGCCCCCUGCCCCGCGGCGACACCUUAUGCGCCUUUGGCUGUCUACGCCCGAGAGUGAAGGAGGCUGGCGCUUGCCGUUCUGGGACAGUAAUGAGAAGAAGAGGGGUGGCGUGCAGGUUGAUGAUCAGCCGCCCGUGGCGCUGUUGGAUGCGGAAUAA